AUGUAUGCUUUUAUUAGUGGUUCGACAACACUUUUAUUUAUUUUACUAACAAUGACACUCUCAAUAACUUGUGAUCCUGGGUAUUUUUACCCUGGAGUUGAACAAGCUGGAUGCCAGCCAUGUCCCCUUGGUUGUUAUUGUCCAAAUGGAUCACCACUGCCUUGUAAACUUGGUUAUUACUCUACAGGUGGGACAACUAUUUGUACUGCGUGUCCCAAAGGUACUUACUCAUCAAAUAUAGCUUCAAGUUCUUGUGCUAUAUGUGAAGACGGAUCCUAUAAUUCGUUAAUUGGGCAGUCCUCUUGUUCAGCAUGUUCAGCCGGUACUUACUCCAAUGGAACUUCAAAAUCAAGUUGCACUAAAUGUCCAGCUGGUUAUUAUUCAAAAGAAGGUGCAUAUUCGUGCACUCUUUGUUCUAAUGGGUAUUUCUCUUCUUCUAGUGGACAGAGUAGUUGUUCGAGAUGUACUGCUGGCACUUAUUCAAAUGGAAAUUCGAAAACGACAUGCACGAAAUGUCCAGGUGGCACUUAUUCAAAAACUGGUGCUUCAAUUUGUACAAAUUGUACAAGUGGUUAUUACUCUAAUAUUGGUUCUAGUUCUUGCACGUUAUGUCCCGAUGGUUCCUAUAACCCAUCAAAAGGUUCUGAUCAGUGUCUUUAUUGUCCUGGUGGUACUUAUUCUUCAGGAAGUGCAAAAACAGCAUGUACUUCUUGUACAGCAGGAACUUACUCAAAAUCCAAUUCAUCAGAAUGCACCAAUUGUAGUGCAGGGUUCUAUUCCGACAAAAAGUCGAGCACUUGUACAUGGUGUCCAAACGGUUCUUAUAAUCCAACUGUUGGUCAAUCAACUUGUUUGAUUUGUCCAGCUGGAAAAUAUUCAUCUGGCUAUUCAAAGAUUUCAUGCACUUCAUGUGUUGCUGGGACAUAUUCAAAAGCCAAUUCAUCAAAGUGCACCAAUUGUAGUGCUGGGUAUUACUCCAGUGCAAGUGCAGCUUCUUGUACCUCAUGUAAAAACGGGUAUUACAAUCCAUCAACUGGUCAGUCUACUUGUUUGGCAUGUGGCGCAGGGACUUACUCCAAUGGAACCUCCAAAAUCAGUUGUUCAAAUUGUCCAGCGGGGUAUUAUUCUAAAACCAAAGCCGGGUCUUGUACUUUAUGUCCCAAUGGGUAUUAUAAUAAAGUAGAAAAACAAGGUUCGUGUUUGGCGUGUUCAGCUGGUUCUUAUUCAAAUGGGUCAGAUAAAUUAAGUUGUUCUCUGUGUUCUGCUGGUACUUUUUCUGCUGCAAAAGCGUCAAGUUGUACUUCGUGUGUGGAAAAUUAUUAUUCCCUUAAAAAUGCAUCGACUUGUCUUUUGUGUGUGAGUGAAAUAUGUUUUUCUUGUGUAAAAACAAAUGGAUAUUGCACUAAUUGCACAAGUGGAUAUGGACUCCUUUCGAAUGGAAAAUGUACACAAUGUCCUGCGGGAUAUUACUCACCAGGAGUCAAAAGUUCGUGUUCAAAAUGUGCGUCUUUAACUUACUCGAAUGCUGGUGCUUCUUCUUGUAAAAAGUGUAAUGUUCUGUGUAAAACAUGUAGUUCCACAACUGGUCAGUGCACGAGUUGUUAUAGUGGAUCUUAUGUUUCUUUAGGGAAGUGUGUUUCGUGUCUUGCUGGGUAUUAUUAUAAUGGCACUGCUUGUAUUUCGUGUCCAAUCACAACUUAUUCAAAAGCCAAUUCGACUAUUUGCACAACUUGUAAUACAUGUCUGACUUGUAAUAGUACCACCAGCUAUUGUCUAACAUGUAAAGUUGGUUUUGGGCUCUCUCAAAAUCGUUGUAAACAAUGUUCUAUGGGUUAUUAUAGUAAAUCAAAUGUUUGUACAAAAUGUCCUGUUGGAUAUUAUGCAAAUGUUGUGGGGAGUUCAACUUGUAAAUCAUGUGCAACUGGCUAUUUUGCAAACAGUACCGGAACAAUAAAUUGUUAUAAAUGUGAUGAAUUAUGUUCAACUUGUAUCAAAUCAAAUGGGAAUUGUAAUUCUUGUUAUACUGGGUAUAUUUUAAAAGAUGGUUUGUGUAUACAAUGCACUGCUGGGACGAAGGCAAAUCAAGUAACAAACAAUUGUGAUGUUUGUCCUGCGGGUACCAAAUCAACUGAAUCGUAUGACAACUGUGAAGAGUGUGAAAAUGGGUAUUAUUCACUUACCAAAUCCACAAGCUGCAAUAAAUGUUCUUCAACGUGUUUAACGUGUAAUAACACAAAUGGUAAAUGUAUUAGCUGUAUAAUGGGUUAUGGGUUGUAUUCAAACAACAAUUGUAUUAAAUGUAAAAAUGGGUUCUAUUCUAUUGAUUCGCUUUGUCAAGUAUGUCCCACAAUGACAUACCAAACUGCAACAGGGAGUUUUUCAUGUCUUUCUUGUAAUCAAACAUGUUCUUCUUGUGAUAAUAUUUCUGGGAAAUGUUUAACAUGUCGAGAGGGGUAUGAAUUGACGACUUUGGGGACUUGUACACCAUGUAAUGAUUUGUAUUUUUCAUUAGGAGGUAUUUCAAAGUGUACACGGUGUGACACGAGUUGUAUUUAUUGUUUUAGAGAGAGUGGGAAAUGUAGUGAGUGCGUAUCAGGAUUUAAAAAGGUUGUAAUCAAUUCAACCAAAAAUUGUGUACCGUGUUCUUUGAAUGGUAAUUGUUCCACUUGUAAUGAAGUCGAAGAAGAAGAGUCUCGAGUAUGUAUAGAAUGUGUUGAUGGAUUUUAUUUGGAUAACAACAAAUGUAAUAAAUGCUCUGAUAUUGAAAAUUGUGAAAAAUGUUCCACUCAGAGUAAAAAAUGUCUUUCUUGUUCUGGAGCAUUGAUUUCAGUUGGAAAUAUGUGCAUUAAUUGUGUUAUGGGAACAAUGAAAAGUGGAGACAAAACUUGCUCAAAUUGUUUUGAUAUUAUUCCUAAUUGCCAAUUAUGUGAAUAUAAUGUGAUUUCACCAAAGUGUUUAAAGUGUUUUGCUCCAUACGUUAUUUCAAACCAAAUGUGUGUUCUUGGUUAUUCAAAAGAGAGUCAUUUUGAUAAUACAUUUAAUAAAAGUGUUUUCAAUAAAAAUGGAUGUGUAUUUCAAGUGAAUGAUGAAUGUUAUUCUUGUAACAACAAUUACAUUAAAAAUGAUGGUAGUUGUAUUAUAAAAGACAAAGAAGAGUGUGUAUCUUACUCAAAAUCAACUUGUGAAAAUUGCAAGAAUGAAGUGAUUUCUACAACUGGAAACUGUGAAAUUUUUUCGACUUGUAAAUAUCAAUCAAACAGCAAAAUAGAAAAUGUGUGCAUUCAAUACAAAGAUCUUAUCUCAUACGGAAUAACUGAUGAACAUUGUUAUAUAUCAAAUAAUGGAUUCUGUUAUUCAUCUCAACAAGGGUUUUACACAUCUAUGAGCCUAAAUGGAGACAGUUUGAGUUGUGGAAUAGCCGCAGUGUGUUCCAAUUAUAAUGACACUAUAUAUAACUUAACAUGUCAAACAGGAUUUAUUUUAAAUGAAGAGUUAACAUGUAAAAAGGAUGAAAAAUGUAUGACCUUAAAAGGAAGUUUUUGUGUUGAAAGUUUGCCACGAUAUCAUAUUGAAAAUGGAAGUUGUGUAUAUAAUUCCGAAUUUUGCAAAAUCCAAAUGAAAGACGAAUGUAUUUUAUGUGAAGAUAAAUUGUUAGUAAAUGGUAAAUGCAACUCAAUUGAAAAUAUCAAUUGCAAAGAAUUCAACAUAAAAUGUCUUUCAUGUGAUGAUGAUUGUUAUAAAGACGUCGAUAGCUGUAAAAUAAAAAAUGAUACUUUUCCUUAUUGUGAAAAGGUGAGUGUAGUAAAUUCAUCUUGUAUACAAUGCGAGGAAGAUUACUUCUUAAAUGAAGGAAUUUGUUUUUCACUAAAAAACGGUUCUGAAAAUCAAUCAUCAGAACUUCAAAUUUCAUAUUUAAAUGUAUUAAAAGAAGAAGAAAAUAAAGAAAUAAUUAUUGAUAAUGAUACCAUUGUCGAUAAUUGUCAAGAAAGAAGUCGACUUGGUUGUCUUCGUUGUGACGAUGGAUUUUAUCUUUCACAUUUAAAGUGUCUUCCAUGUGAAUACCCCUGUACGUUCUGUUCCAAUUUAACAUAUUGCACAAAAUGUGACGAUUUUUCUUACACUUUAAAAGGUCAUUGUUAUGAAGUGAAUGAGCUUUUAAACACCUGUGAAAUUAUGAUGUCAACAUACGAAGGGUGUGUUCAAUGCAAAGAAGGGUAUUAUCGGUCUUUGAAUGGGAAGUUAUGCGAAAAAUGUGAUGUAUCGUGUAUCACAUGUUCUAAUGAAGGGAGUUGUUUAAUAUGUAAUGAAAGUUAUUACAGAAGACCAAACAACAUAACAAAGUAUUGCAAUCCACAAGAUGAACUUUUAAAUUGUUUAAAUUCAACAACUGAUGGUUGUGUUUUGUGCGAGAAAGGAUUUGUUCUCAAAGACAAUUUAUGUGAAAAGUGUAGUGUCAAUUGCACUAUAUGUGACACGACAUUUGAAUGCUUUGAAUGUGAAAUAAACAAUGUCUUGGUCAACAAACAAUGUGUUUAUUUCAUGUCAAUUGAUAAUUGUGUAUCCUCGCACAAUUCCCUUUGUAAUGAAUGUUCUAAAGAUUACAAAUUGAGUAGUGAUGGACUGGAAUGUAUUAAGAAGAUAAAUUAUGGUGUUAUUAUUUCAGUACCAAUACUCUCACUUAUUCUUUUAUUGGUCAUCACUUUUUUCAUUGUAUUAAUACCAGUCAUUGUUAUAUCCAAACGGAAAGAAAGAAAAAAGAAAGAACGCGUGUGUGUAUUUAAGAUAUCUCGUUCAAAUGUUUUAAUGAAUGAUUUAGACAACACGAUUCAAUCAAACAAAAAGUUGUUGACAUUUAAUACUGAAGAACAGCUUAUCCCAAUUGACACAGAGAGUCGUGAAUUAUUGUGUGUAGGAAACAACAGCAAAGGACUUUUAAAAGUGCAAAUCACAACUAAAACAAAUUGUGACAAAUACACCAUUCGUACUGUUCCAAAUCUAGUUACACUUAAACAUGGGUAUGCCUGUGAAUUUGAAAUCUUUUUGAAGCCUCGAUGUACAAUGAAACUAUGUGAUGAUAUAGUGAUUAUAUCUUUAAAUUUAAUCAGUGGUGAACAGCACACUUCUUCUUUAAAAAUCAAUGCAAACACUGAACAAUCGACUCGACUUGAUUAUGAUGAAUUGGUUGAAGAGAAGAUAAUUGGUGAAGGAUCUUUUGGUAUUGUCUACAAAGGGAUGUAUCGAGGAAAUUGUGUUGCAAUCAAAAAGAUGAAAGAGUCUAUCGAAUCAUCGAAACUUGAUGAAUUUUCAAGUGAAGUGAACAUGUUAGACAAAUUCAGGUGUAACUACAUUGUCCACUUUUAUGGUGCUGUCUUCAUACCAAACAAGGUGAGUAUGGUCACCGAGUUUGCUCAAUAUGGCAGUUUACAAGACUUAUUAAAGAACAAAAGUAAUUCAGAAAUCGACAUGAAAUUACGCAUUAAAUUUAUGUUAGACACAUCUCAAGGAAUACUCUAUUUGCAUUCAAAUGGGAUAUUACACAGAGACAUUAAGCCAGACAAUUUUCUUGUUUAUUCCCUCGACUUUAAUGACAAUGUGAAUACCAAACUGACUGAUUUUGGCUCGGCUAGAAAUGUUAACUUACUUCUAACUAACAUGACAUUCACAAAAGGUAUUGGUACACCAGUGUAUAUGGCACCUGAAAUACUCAAACAAGAAAAAUACACAAAAAGCUCUGACAUUUAUUCGUUUGCUAUAUCCAUGUAUGAAUGUUUUGGAUGGGAAGAUGUGUUCCCCAAGUCGAUGUUUCCUUUUCCUUGGAAAAUUGCAGAGUUUGUGAUAAAUGGUAGAAGGUUAGAAAAGAAACCUGUGAUGUCUGAUGCACUCUACAACCUUAUAACUUCUUGUUGGGAUGCCGACAAAUACAACAGACUGUCCAUCAACCAAAUUGUUGACACCUUAUCUUUAUUAUUCACAUGUGAAUCUUCAUAA